AUGUCGUGCUGCGGCCGCGGCCUGAAAAUCUGCCUCGUCGUCGCCUGCAUCCUCCUCCUCGUCAUCGCCGUGGCCCUAGUCGUCCUCUUCCUCGUGGUCCUCAAGCCCAAAGAGCCCAAAAUCACAACCAAGUCCGUGACACUGGACCGGAUCCAGUCCGCGAUCCUCCCCAGGCCCUUUCUCAACCUCACAUUGGGCCUCGUCGUCGAAGUGAAAAACCCAAACUACGGCAGCUUCCGCUACGACGACAGCAACGCCUACCUCGUCUACCGCGGCGACCUCGUCGGCGUGUCGCCGAUUCCGGCCGGUUACCAGAAGGCCCGGUCGACCCAGACGAUUCGGACCAACAUCACGCUCAUGGCGGGGGAAUUUUUGAAGGAUUUUGAAUUCUAUGGGGAUUUGCUCAAGGGGGUCUUGAAUUUCACGUCGACGUCGUCGCUUCACGGGAAGGCGUCGAUUUUCAAGGUGCUGAAGACGGAGGUUUCGAGCAAUUGUACGUGUGAGAUUUCGGUUCAUGUGGAUAGCCAGAAGACGGAGUCCAGUUGCAAAACUGUGGUCCGCCACUAG